AUGGCUGAGGACAGGUACGUGUUCAUCGUUGAGUGGUUCGACUCUGCGGCUUCCCUGGUGAGGACUUACAACCUGACCUACUUCCUCAAGGACAAGUCGAUUGAAAUGGGGCAUCGAGGCAAGCCUUACUACAACGAGCUGACCAGUCACGCCACUUCUGACCUGGUGGUGGCGGUUGAGGUGCUGGCUGAGAACUGCAUCAACAAGAUCAGGGACUUCACUGGCUCCAUCCGCAGCCAGUUCGGACAGGACCAGGUGCGGUCGGCCAUCUACGGCAGCGAGUCUGCAGCGGGCGCCGCCAAGGAAAUCGAGCUUUUCUUCUCCGCCAAGUCUCCGCUCCAGGCUCCCGCCUACUUCACCAACUGCUCCUGCCUGGUCAUCAAGCCUCACCUCAUCACCGAAGGCUACGUCGGACAGAUCUUCGACGCCCUCCUCACCGCCGGCUUCGAGUCAGCGCUGCCGAAAUGUUCUGGCUCGACCGUCCCUCCGCAGAGGUAG